AGUCGGGAGCGGGAUGCGGUGACGUAAACUGCAUCGGCGCGGGCCGUGAACGUAGUGUAGGACGGGACGUGUCGUAUUUAUAUGUACCGAUAGCGUGUGCUGAACCAUCCUGAGUGACUGUGCUAGUGCUGUUUUUCUUCCGACGACGCCCCCGCUCUUCACUACGCGGUUCGCCGAGAGCCCAUCGACGCGUUUUCGACCCGAGGAUCCCCGAAAUGGUGACGAAAAGCGAAGGUAGCAGCGCCAGUGGCGGUGAGAGCGCGGAGUCUCUCGCCGAAGAUCUGCUGAAGAGAUUUUCGGACUCGCAGCCGGACAUCAAAAAGGAACCCUCCACAAGGAGAACGCGGGUCCGGCGACGGCGUGGUCGGUGCUGGGCGACGGGUGCGGCGCGCCCGAGCCGCCGGCCGUGCCCGCGCCGCGCCUCUCGGCCGAGCAGCUGGCGCCGCCCGCGCCCUUCGUCUACGUCGAGUCCAAGCGCGACGCCUUCUCGCCGCAGCUGCAGGACUUCUGCCUCAAGCACCCCAUCGCCGUCGUGCGCGGCCUCACCGCCGCGCUCAAGCUCGACCUCGGCCUGUUCUCCACCAAGACGCUCGUGGAGGCGUGGCCCGACCACGCGGUGGAGGUGCGCACGCAGCUGAUGCAGUCGGCCGACGAGAACUGGGACGCGAGCGGGCGGCGGCGCGUGUGGGCGUGCGCGUCGCACCGGUCGCACACCACGGUGCGCAAGUACGCGCAGUACCAGGCCGGCUCGUUCCAGGAGUCGCUGCGCGAGGAGCGCGAGCGCGGCGCCGCGCCGCCGCACGCCGGCGCGCUGUCCGACUCGGACGGCCGCGAGUCCGGCGGCCCCGUCAAGCGCCGCAAGAGCGCGCGCAUGCUCCGCUUCGGCACCAACGUCGACCUGUCCGACGAGCGCAAGUGGCGCCCCCAGCUCAUGGAGCUGCAGAAGCUGCCCGCCUUCGCGCGCGUCGCCUCCGCCGCGAACAUGCUCUCCCACGUCGGCCACGUUAUCCUCGGCAUGAACACCGUCCAGCUGUACAUGAAAGUGCCCGGCAGCCGGACGCCCGGACACCAAGAGAACAACAACUUCUGCUCGAUAAACAUCAACAUCGGACCCGGCGACUGCGAGUGGUUCGGUGUUCCGGACGCUUACUGGGGUGGAGUUCGUGAGCUCUGCGACCGCCACGGUCUUUCAUAUCUUCACGGGUCCUGGUGGCCGGACCCGGAGGAACUUCGGGCGCACGGCGUGCCCGUCUACAGAUUCACGCAACGCCCGGGAGAUCUAGUGUGGGUGAACGCCGGCUGCGUACAUUGGGUGCAAGCCACGGGAUGGUGCAACAACAUCGCUUGGAACGUCGGACCGUUGACAGCUCGUCAGUAUACUCUCGCACUUGAACGCUACGAAUGGAACAAAGUGCAGAACUUCAAGUCGAUCGUGCCCAUGGUUCACUUGUCGUGGAAUCUGGCCCGAAACAUUCGCGUUUCCGAUCCGAGACUGCACCGCGCGAUGAGAACAUGUCUCAUGCAGACUUUGCGAGCGGCGGCCGGUACCUUAAACGUGGUUCGCGCUCGAGGCGUCCCGAUCCGGUUCCACGGGCGCGCGCGCGGCGAGGCGUCGCACUACUGCGGCGCGUGCGAGCGCGAGGUGUGGCACGCGCUGCUCGUGCGCGAACACGAGCGCCGCCACGUCGUGCACUGCCUCGCCUGCGCCCGCCGGCUCAGCCCCACACUGAGCGGCUUCCUUUGCCUCGAAGAACACCACAUCGAAGAACUUGCGCAAGUGUACGACGCCUUCACACUCCACCGUUCCGCUCCCCUAGCUGCACCCGUACAAAUACCGUCACUCGUGCCUACCCCCGAUUGAUUUCCGUCUGCCCUAUUGCACGACUGGAACGUUUCUGCACUCCUGAAUUCACAAACUGAAACUUAGACGCUCGGCACUGAAACGCAGAUCUCGUAUUUAUUCCGCGUUUCGAUGUAUUAUAAUAUGUAAGUCGUUUUUACACUUGAGUUUCACAUACAUUGGCGUUAUAUACAAUAAUAUAUACAUACAAUAGUCCCUGAAUAUAUUCGUUUGAGCUUUAGUUUUAACAUCGACUGCCAUUUAUUUAAUUUUAUAUAACUAUUCACAUACAGUUUUACAUUUCACAUAACUUUGUCUCUACAUUAAAACGUAAAUAUAAUAUAUUAUAUAUAGGCGACCUUUAGAUUUAGGACUACCGAAAUAUAUAUUUUAUUUUGGUGACAUUUUAGAGUUUUUAUAUUUUCAAUAGUAUGAUGCGAUCCUGAUGACGUACCUGUUUUUAUUUUGUGUGAGUGUCUGAUAUUUCUCUCGACAGAAGAUGCUUUUCCGGUUUUAUUUGUCGUUUUUGUUCUUGUAACUGUACAAAUUGAUAAGAAAUAAGCAUUUUAUAAAUUUUAGUUCAGUAUUGAACGCUAGCUUAGUUCCCGUAAAUUGUGCUUACCGAUGUUAAUGUUAUAUAUGACCAAAAGUGAACAUUUAAACGAUAAUUUACAAUCACGAUCUAUUUUUACUACACGGCGUAAAUAUAAAAAAUAGUAAUUGUGAUGCGUAUAUUUUUGGUGAAAAAAGUAAAUUGUAAUGAAAUAACUUUUUAACAUUUACACGCUCCUCGAUCACUUUUGUAAUUGUGAGAGAUAUGAUAAAAUUGUGAAGUCAAUUUUACGGUGACAAAAAGCCGGUAAUAUAAGCAAAAGUAUGUAAGUGAUAGUUUUAAUUGUUUAGCUAGAUAUUGAUUAAGUAAACAGACAGGUCGAUCCGCUAGGUCUCAAGUGCUCAGGUGUCUGUGUUCACCACAAUAAAUGUGUUAUUUUUGUAUAGAAACGUAUUUAUUUAUUUUUUGUCAUAUCGUGACGUCCUUAGUUACAUUUACGAUUUUUAGUACAUUAAUAGCGAAUAGUAGGCUUAGGUAUAUGGCACGGAUUGUGAUCCUGCGUUUUAGGAGGGUCUAUUGAAUAGUGCUGCUGUGUUCCAAAGAAUGUUAUACACUUUUAAGCAAGGUACUAUUGGAAAGCGUUCGAAUAAAUUCACAGUAUGUUCACAUAUUUUAUAGACAUUGUCAUAUGCUUGGGAUCUGAAAAAGUAUUUUCAUUUCGGAAACAAACAAAAGCGAUCAAUCGGUGUCAUUGGAAUGUAAGAAAUUUAGGCAUUUUUUUUGGAUUGGUGUAGUAAGUAUUAGGAAGGAUAGCUGAGUAAGUUCAGAGUUGGCAGUAAGCAGCCUGAAUUAAUAUCUUGACACUGCUGUUGGUUGUUUCUCUUCGAAGUUUUAUGAAUUUGUUAGUGAGAUUUCUAUGUUGAAUGUAUUAAUUUCUAGUGUCAAGGAUAGUGUUUUGGCUGCGUUUGAUAGGCGUUUGGGUGGUUAAUAGAGUCGAAUUUUGUGUAGAAUAAAACAUUUGUAUUUUAUAAGUAAUAAUAACAUCACUGCCAUGUAUGACCUUACUGUUUAUAUUGUAAUAAUACAUUUUUAUUAAAGAAUUAAAGUACGGU